ACAGCUCAUAUCUUUCUUUCACUCCCCUCUCUCUCUCUUCUCUGCAGAUUUUUUCUACUGCAAAGAGGAGAGAAACCCCAAAGAGAAGGAAGAAGAAAUCAAAGAGGAGGAGGAAGAAGAAGAAACCCUAACGAAAGCCUUUUGUAUUCUCUUUCAAUGGACUACGAGAAGCCUCCCACUGCCACUACUACUACUUUCUCCAGGAAGAUGACUAACCGUAGCCACAGCCACAGCCACAGCCUCAGCUUCAGCGCAAAUGCCGUAUACGACGGCGUCUUCUCUUCUCCGGCGGCGGCGACGACCACUGCGAGGUCGUCUCCUCUCGUCGAUUACGGCGAGAUAUUCCGCGGCUCCGGUCCUUCUCCGUCUUCGAUUCCGUUUCUCGAUGUCCCCGAGCUCAACGCUGGUAAGGUUAAGGUCGACGUGAGGAGCUCGAAGCUCGACUACUCUUCCGUGUUUGGAGGUUUCGGAGCUUGCGAUUUCGCCGUUACUCCCGACGAAGUGAUCGUCAAGCCUUUAAAAGAGAAGAAGAAGGAUACAAGGAAUCGUAGGAAAGGUGGAAGCUCUUCUGAUGAGGUCAAGAAUCUAACUUCGUCACCUGAGAUGGUUAGGAUGAAGCACUCUGAUAUAUUAUUACACCAGACCGGUGAGAAGAAUGGGACUACUCAUCUUACUCAAGUCCCCGCUGUGCCUGCUCCUAGUCCUACUCAACUCGUUGGUGAGGUUAGUCCGUUGCAGAAGAUUGGCCAGGGCAGUGAGAAGGGGACUACUUAUGUUACUCAAGUCCGCGCUGUGCCUGAUCCUUGUCGUACUCGACUGGUUGAUAACGUUAGUAGUCCGUUGCUGAAGAUUGUCCACGGGAGUGAGAAGGGGACUACUCCUUCUGCUCAGGUUCCUGUUGUGGCUGCUCCUGCUCAAGUGGUUGAUAACACGAGUCUGUUGCCGAAGGUUGAGAGUGAAACACGUAUUCCAUCAGUUGAGAAGAAGCCGUGUAAUGAGGAAGUCCAGGCUUCUAGAAAGCGGAGAUCUAAAACUGAGGUAGAUUUCGAGAAGGUCUUUGCUCGAGAUGAAUUCAGUAAGCGUGAUAAUUCCACGUGCAAGAUUGAUACAAUUGCUGAACGUCGGGAUUUGAAGCCACCUUCCAGCUUGCUGCAGCGUACACUCAACGGUGAAAAUAGAGCUUCUGAGAGAUUUAUGGGUUUCAGUUCAGGGCUUCCGGAGAAGUUUCAUGAAGCUGAAGAUGAUGAUUCUCCGAGUUCACCUCCAUUCUUUGAUGCUGAAACAGAUAUAGAUUCUUCUGCUGCUGAGUCCUCUGCGGCGUUGAAAAAGGCUUUAGAAGAGGCUCAAGUGAGAAUGAAUAUUGCAAAACAAAUGAUGGGAAGGAAGAAAUCAGGCUUUCGUACUUCUGCAAAACUGAAAUCUUGUGAUGAGUCCCCAAAAGUUGAAGGAAAAACCACCGAAGCUGUGGGAAGUUCUCAAGUUGAAGACAAAAGGGACGAAGAAGUUGAAGAAAAACUACAAGAAAGCAGUUCUCAAGUUGAGGACAAAAGGGACGAAAAAGUUGAAGAAAAACUACAAGAAAGCAGUUCUCAAGUUCUCGGUGAAGUGGUGAACUCUUCCGAACAAUCAUUUUCAAACGAGGGAGAUCAGCAUGCAAAAAGAGCACGGAAGCAGUGGGAAGUUCCUGAAGGGAUUUUAAAUUCAACCCCUGACCAUAAGCGGGAAGAAGUUGAAGAGCAAGAAGUGGUGAAGCUAGAAGAGGAACAAGCCAAAAAAGCUCGUAAACACUGGGAGUUACCUGGAGGGAUAUUCAAAUCAGUUAUGAAUAAUAGUAAGCAGCAGGAGACAGAAAGCAUUGCACCAGCCAAACCUGAAACUGAUACGAAACAAGAGGUGCAACCAUUGACUGAAAAUUCCUUCUAUACAUUUGGACACCUGGGUAGUAAAUUAAAAUGUGUUGUAGAGGCCUUCACGGGGAGCAAGGUUUCACAAAAAGAUGAGACACAUGCAACAGAGGAGGAAAAAUCUAUCCUCCCUCAAAUGGUUCACUGUGAAGAAGGCGACUCACAAGAGAUGUUAGCUGGUAUUCCAGUCACGGAAGCUAACUUUAGGGAAGCGGAGGAGAUCCAGCAACAAACUGACAGUCAAGGCGAAACCAGACAAGAAGAGAUGUCUGAAUCCACUUUUGUCGAAGGUUGUUCGCAGAAGAUGGAGAAAGAAACAGGAUGGCAAGUUAAAAGUGCUUGCGAGUCCGAAGAUGGACCUGACUGUGGUGUGAAAGAUUUCCAAGAGAACCCUCACCUAACUUACAACUUUCCAGAUCAGGAGGGUGAGAAGGAGAUAGUUUCUGGGCCGCAAGAGAUGUUAGCUGGUCCUGAUGAUACCAAAACAGAUGCAAGGGGAGUGGAAGAGAUUCCAACACCUAAUGAGAGUUUGAGCAAAACUCAAUUAGAUGAAAGUGUUGGAACUAUGGUGUCUUUUGUGACAGAAAGUACUCCUGAGCCAGAAAACAUACACGAGGAGACAGAGCACAAGGCUCCCAGGCGAAGAAGAGUUUGGAAAACCUCUGAAGACGUCUACAAUAUGAUAAGGGCCCCGAAGGGAAACAAAAGGCAUUGGCAGCUACCAAGUGUGGAAACAGAAACUACACAGAGGUCAUUUCAAAUGGAAGGUAUAAGGAUCCAUGAUACUGAAGAAGCAGAAAGCACAUCUGAGCAAGCUAGUGAUUCAGGAUUGCAAGAAAAUUGGACCGUUCUUAAACAAAUGUUUAGGCAGAUGUUCCAGACAGCAGAUACUACUAAGGGCGAGGAUGAAACUUAUUGCUUAGUGGAAUCUGAAAAGGAUCAUAUUGAAAUCCAUCAAAAAGCUGGAGACGAGAAUGGAAAAGAAACUUCUUACCGCCAGAUUACUGGUACAGAUAGAUAUGAACAGAAUGAAGUGGAGACGGAGUAUAAAGCCUACGCACAUAUGGAGUCGGAAGAAGAAGCAAACUGUAGAGAAGAGGAAGGUAAAGUAGAAGUGCCGGAUGCUACUGGAAUGGCUAGUGACCACGAAGGUGAAUAUGUGCCGGAAGUAUUUGAAGAAGCUGGCUGGACUCAAGGACUUUCUGAACUUGAUGAGAGCAGAGAGCAUCCAGAUUCUCGUGCUGAAAUGCUUGAAUAUGAUCGUAGUGAGACGGAUUCAAACAAAUCUUGCGAGAAAUUUGAUCAAACGCGGGAACUAGCAGCGGAAACCAAGAACGAUUGUAGCAUAGAUACUGACACGAGCAGGUCAUCUUUUGAAACUAGACAAGGUGAUUCACAUACUGAGGAGGUUGGCUUAGAGCAAGAUGUCAGGGACCAAUUCCAUGAAAAAUACAGCCCUGCGAGUAGCACCCAAGAGCACGUUGAAGAAAUAGAUUCUGAUUCAAUUCAAAGUGGUUGGAGCGCUGUAGAGGAUGAAGAUAAAAUCAAGUCUUUUGUAGAGGAAAGUUUGGCAGGUCAUCUACAGGAUGGAGGGGCAAGUAAGGUUGGAGAAAUAGAGGAAACCAAAGAAGAAUCUGAUGAAAUGGAAACAAGUAUUGGUGAAGAGAAUAGUGAAGAUAAGACAGAACAAGAGCACCUGUUUGAGUGUCAAAAGGAGGAAAUAGAUCGAAACAAUGUAGAGCCAGCCGAGUCUUUGCCGAAAGGAGACGAAAAAGUUGGCACAUCAACGGAUAGAAACAUGAAAGAAAAGGAGGGAGAGGAGAGUAGUCGAUCAUCUAUGGAAGAAGAGGGAGAUGGUAGUUCUGAUGCUUCACAAAAAGAAGCAGAGCGAGUUGAGAAACAUCUGAAAAAGAAAGAUGAAGCAAAAGAGAAAGAAAGAGAGAGAUCUAUGGUAGAAAGAGCUAUCCGUGAGGCCCGGGAAAGAGCGUUUGCUGAUGCUAAGGAAAGAGCAGGAAAAGCCGCAAUGGAGAAAGCAAAGGCGAGACCUCCCCGAAGAGUGGCUUCUGAUGGUCCAAGGAGAUCAGAGAAAGCAUCUGUUGAGGUAAAUGAUAAGUUAUCGUCAGCUGAGAAGGCUUCAAUGCAAGCUAAACUCAGAGCCGAGCGUGCUGCUGUGGAAAGAGCACUCUCUGAGGCCAGAGAACGUGCCCUAGAAAAAGCAUUGUCCGGUAAGUUCGAUACUUCUCAAACAAAAAGUUAUGGUGGCAGCAAGUCAUUUGGCUCCUCUGGUGAUAGACGAGGCUCGUCAUCUUCUCAGGGUACAGAAAACAAAAGUUCGGGUCCGUCUAGUUCUUCAAAUCAGACUGCGAAAGGUGAGCCAAUCCAGAGAUGCAAAGCUAGAUCUGAGAGACACCAGAGAACAUCUGAGCGUGCGGCAGAGGCUCUUGCAGAGAAGAAACUUCGUGAUCUCAAAGUCCAGAAAGAGGAGGCAGAGAGAAAUAGGCUUGCGGAAUCUCUUGAUGCUGAUGUAAAACGGUGGUCGAAUGGAAAGGAAAACAACUUGCGGGCAUUGCUCUCAACACUCCAAUAUAUACUUGGAGCAGAGAGUGGAUGGAAACCAAUUCCUCUAACUGAUCUUGUUUCAAGUGCUUCUGUGAGAAAAGCUUACCGAAAGGCAACUCUUUACGUUCAUCCCGACAAGCUUCAGCAACGUGGCGCAUCCACACAACAGAAGUACAUUUGCGAAAAGGUUUUUGACCUUCUCAAGGAAGCGUGGAACAAAUUUGGUGCAGACGAACGAUAAGCAAAGAUGGUGUGAACCUUUUACCCUAUUGUCAGCAGUGACCCUAAGAAUCAGAACUAACCAGCUCAAGAACCUAAACAAGUAGCUAUGAUAUGGGAUGAAGACAGAUCUAGAGAUGUAAUAACCAAUAAUAUAAAUAUUUGUAUUCAUGAGUCAUAAUAAUAUAUAAAAGUAGAAGCUCAUUCUUA